CUGAGUCAGCUCCAAUGGGGGCCGGUUGUGACCCGGUCUGACCCAGGUUUGACCUUGCAGUGACCUUUGACCUCUCCGGUCCUGGCUCUCCACCUGCUCUGCUGCCUGGGUUCCGGAACGCUCCGCCCUGGGGCCCAGAACGAGCCAAUCAGAAUGAAGAAGAGCCGCAGCGUGCUGUCUGUGACUGGAGAAGAGGGCAAUGACACAGAUAUAACAGGUGCUGGGGAGAAGGCGGAGUCAUCUCGCUACAGCCGAUCUUAUACGUCUGGGGCCACACUGGGGGCUGAGCUACGCAGAGGGAGGAGCAGAAGACUCUCGUCUAGUCUCCAGGUGCCCUGUUGGCUCCGCCCUCGAGACCGCACUCGUUCACCAGAGGUCCUGAACAAUGUGUCGCGUCCAACAACUCUUCCCCUCCGCAUCCCGCCGCGCAUCUCCAUCACACAAGCAGACGCUGACAGUUAUGAAGCAGAAAACGGCGUGUCGCCGGGUCACACCCCGCUGGGUUCGCAGAGUCCAGGCCUCACCCUGCACACCUCCUUUCCCCAGGGCCAGAGAAGAGAGUCCUUCCUCUACCGUUCUGACUCGGACUACGACAUGUCGCCCAAGACCGUCUCGCGUAACUCCUCCCUCGCCAGCGAAGGGCACACAGGAGAGGACUUCAUUGUUACACCUUUUGCUCAAGUGCUGGCCAGUCUGCGAUCAGUACGGAGCAACUUCACCAUUCUUGCCAACGUCUCUACCCCAACAGUCAAGAGGUCUCCUCUGGGUGGAGUGUGCGUCAGUCCCAGGGCGUCACUUUCAGACCAGCAGUACCAGCAGCUCGCCCUGGACACGCUGGAGGAGCUGGACUGGUGCUUGGACCAGCUGGAGACCAUCCAGACGCAUCGCUCUGUCAGCGAGAUGGCCUCCAACAAGUUUAAGAGGAUGCUGAACAGAGAGCUGUCCCACCUGUCAGAGAUGAGUCGCUCUGGUAACCAGGUGUCUGAAUACAUCUCCAGCACCUUCAUGGACAAGCAGAACGAAGUGGAAAUCCCGUCUCCCACUCUGAAAGACAAACCGAUGAGUCACAUCAGCGGAGUAAGGAAACUGUCUCACAGCUCGAGCCUCUCCAGCACUUCAAUGCCUCGCUUCGGUGUCAACACGGACCACGAGGAUGAGCUUGCCAAGGAGUUAGAGGAUCUGGACAAGUGGAGUUUUAAUAUAUUCAGAGUAGCAGAAUUCUCCAACAACAGACCUCUCAGCUGCAUCAUGUACGCCAUCUUCCAGGAGCGAGAGCUGCUGAAGACGUUUCGUAUCCCAGUCGACACCUUCGUCACUUAUGUGAUGACCCUGGAGGACCAUUACCAUGGAAACGUAGCGUACCACAACAGCCUCCAUGCUGCAGAUGUCACCCAGUCUACGCAUGUCCUCCUCUCCACACCUGCUCUUGAUGCCGUCUUCACUGACCUGGAGAUCCUCGCCGCUCUGUUUGCUGCAGCUAUCCAUGAUGUAGACCACCCCGGAGUUUCCAAUCAGUUCCUCAUCAACACCAACUCAGAGUUGGCCCUCAUGUAUAACGACGAGUCGGUUUUGGAGAACCACCACCUCGCCGUGGGCUUCAAGCUUCUGCACCAGGAAAACUGUGACAUCUUCCAGAACCUCACCAAGCGCCAGCGCCAGAGCCUUCGCAAGCUCGUCAUCGACAUGGUGUUGGCCACAGACAUGUCCAAACACAUGACCCUGCUGGCUGACCUGAAGACCAUGGUGGAGACCAAGAAGGUGACCAGCUCCGGUGUACUGCUCCUGGACCACUAUACAGAACGGAUACAGGUGCUGAGGAACAUGGUGCACUGUGCAGACCUGAGCAACCCCACCAAGACGCUGCCGUUAUACCAGCAGUGGACGGAGAGGAUCAUGGAGGAGUUCUUUCGACAGGGUGACAAAGAGCGAGAGAGAGGGAUGGAGAUCAGCGCCAUGUGUGACAAACACACCGCUUCAGUGGAGAAGAGUCAGGUGGGUUUCAUCGACUACAUCGUCCACCCGCUGUGGGAGACGUGGGCCGACCUGGUGCACCCAGACGCCCAGGAGCUGCUGGACACGCUGGAGGAGAACCGGGAGUGGUAUCUGAACACCAUGCCCCAGUCUCCUUCACCUCCCCCGGACAGACACCUACAGCACGACCGCUUCCAGUUCGAACUCACCCUGGAGGACCUGGAGCAGAAUGAGAAAAAUGAGGAAGGAGAUCAAGAGCAGGAAGAGGGUGAUGAUGAAGGGGAAAAGGAUGAGGAGGAAGGUGCAGAAAAUGAGGAAGGAGAAGGUGAGGAAACUCUGGGAAAGGAAGAGGUGGAGGGGGAAGAGGAGAUGGCAAACGAGGAGGAAAAUGUGGAAGAAGAGGAAGUAGAGAUGGAGGAGAAAGAGGAAGACGAGGCAGCAGAGGAGAAAGUGGAGGAAGAAGAGGGGUCGGUAGGAGAAACAGAAGAUGUUGAAGAGGAGAAAGGAAAGUUGGAAGGAGGGGAAGAGGAGGAGGCGCCGGCCGAGGAUGAAACUGUACAGGAGGAGGUAGAGGAAGAAGAAGAGCAAGAGGAAGAAGAAAGUUAGUUGGGUGUAAAAACAGAAAUGAACAGGGUCAGUGAGGAAAGGUGAAGGAGAGACGAGGAAGUACGUAAAAGGAGGCAGAAAGGCUUCGGCAGUCUGCUGUAUCACUGUCAAGGAGGAGGAUGAAGAGCAGACGUCGCCCUUUUCGCUCGGACCACUUUAUCACGUGCCGAAGGCCGACGUCUGCUCAGCUACUGACGCAGAGACGAAACCUGGCUGGAGCCUCCGCCUUCCCCAACAGGCAGAUUGUUGAUCAGCUGGUAGCGACAGAAAGACCGGAGUCUUCAUCACCGAGUAUCUGUACAUCCAUCACUGCCGUAGGGAAUAAACUGGGGGGUAAUAAAAGGGAGGGGAACCUGUUUAAUCGACCUUUUGUAGCUCCUGAAAAUCUAAAAGAACCCGAAGUACGUACAUGCAAAUAAGUGCUACCCAUCAUCUCUCUGUCACCGUCUCGUUUAUGAGGAAGAUACCGCCACACACACGCCGACCAAUAACUGUUAAAAGAAUGUCAGCUUCCUCUGUUUGUCAGAAAAGAGGGGGAAAAAAUAGCAAAAAGCCUGGAAAGUGUAGUCUGUUGUCUAAUAUUCACUACAAGAACUUUCCACAUGUGAAGAGGAUGCUGGGGACACCUGUGGGCUCUGGUCUAGGAACAGUUUAGCCUCCUCACAUACCAACCUCAAAGCAACGAUGCUGGAUUUCUGAAUAACAUCUGGACUGAUGUGGUGGGAACAUUUGCAGUCCAGCUCGGCCUGUCGUACGCGGUUCGUAUUUGGAAAAAAAAAAAAAAAGCAAACAAAAACAGCCAGUAUUGAUCCCGCCACGACAGCUUCACCACUCCCACACUGAAUCGUGCCAAACUGUCCCACGACCAGCACUGAGCAGUUCAGCCUUCCUCCGAGCGAGGUGGCUACCUGACCGUGAAGCAAUGAACUGUGGGACCAGGGUAACGGGUGUGAUG